GACGGCGAGAAGCUGCUCGAGACGCUCGGCGGUCUCAAGCCCAACGAGGUCUUCUUCCGCCCGCACAACCUGCUCACCAGCGGCGACAAGACGCCGGCGCUGAAGUGGGGGAGCACCAACGUCUACACCGAGGACGAGAAAGGCCGACCGGUUUACGACUGGGAAGUGGUCGAUCGGAUCUUCGACACGCUGUUGGCGGCGGGCGUGAAGCCUUACGUCGAGAUCGGUUUCAUGCCCGAGGCGCUCUCCAGCCGGCCGGAGCCCUACCGCCACGAGUGGCGCCCGGGCCUGCCUUACAGCGACAUCAUGACCGGUUGGCGGUACCCGCCGGAGGACAUGAAGGAGUGGGAGGAGCUCGUCUACCAACUCGCCACGCACUGCAAGGAGCGCUACGGCGCCGACGAGGCGGCGUCGUGGUACUGGGAGACCUGGAACGAGGCGAACAUGCACCCCGGCGGCUACUGGGGCGGCACGCGCGACGAGUUCUUCGCCUUGCACGAUCACACAGUAACGGCGGUGCGCCGCGCGCUGCCGACCGCACGGGUCGGCGGCCCGCACACGGCGGGCGACGGCGGCGACUUUACGCGGGCGUUCCUCGAGCACUGCUUGCGUGGCGAGAACAACGCCACCGGCGAGAAGGGGACGCCCCUCGACUUCAUCGCCUUCCACGCCAAGGGCGCGCCGCGCUGGACGGCAGGGCAGGGGGAGGAGGGCCACAUCCGCAUGGGGAUCGCCGAGCAGCUCGCGACGGUCGAUCGUGGCUUUGGCAUCGUCGCGUCGUUCGAUGAGCUCAGGCAGACGCCGAUCAUCAUCGGCGAGUAUGACCCCGAGGGUUGCGCGGCCUGCCAGGGAUCGCAGUUCAGCUACCGCAACGGGUCGGUCUACUCCAGCUACACCGCGGCCAGCUUCGCGCGGCUGUACGAACUCGAAGACAAGCACGGCGUGCGACUCGACGGCGCGCUGACGUGGGCCUUCGAGUUCGAGGACCAGCCCUACUUCGCCGGCUUCCGUCAGCUGGCCUCGAACGGCGUCCCGCUGCCGGUGCUGAACGUCUUCCGCAUGCUGGCGAAGAUGGGCGGCGAGCGCGUCGAAACCUCCAGCACUUCGCAAGUCGCGUUAGAAGCGAUCGUCGAGCGCGGCGUCCGCGACAAGCCGGACGUCGGGUGCUUGGCGAGCCGCGACGGCGACCACCUGUGGGUGCUGCUCUGGCAUUAUCACGACGACGACGUCGCAGGCCCCGACUCCAAGGUCUCGCUGCGGCUCGAAGACGCCGAUCGCUGCGAGGUCGAGGCGAUGUGGCGCGUGGACCGAGAUCGUUCGAACGCCUACGAGACGUGGAUCGAGAUGGGGUCUCCCGUCGCGCCCAAUCGCGAGCAGUACCAGCAGCUGAUGGCCGCGUCCGAACUGUACGAGGCGCCCAAGCCAGACACCGAAACGGACGACAACGCGACGUGCGAAUUGACCCUCCCUCGCCAGGGAGUGGCUUUACUCAAGGUCGCGCUGGCGCGGCCGACGAACGCCCGCCCCACGAGCGCGACGCGCUACGCCUGCGCCAUCGCGUUACUGGCGCUCGUCACGCCGGCGGCGCUGGGGGUCGAUCCGUUGUCGAACAAGCGCGGCUUCGCCGACGUCGGCGCGAGCUACAACUACCUCCAAGCUGCUAACGCGGGCUGGUACUACGGCUGGCGUCCCGAUCAGCCGCCCGGCGCGGGCGGCUACGACGGCGAGUUCGUGCCGAUGAUCUUCGGCGCGUACCAAGCGAAUCAGUUCGAGAUCGAUCGCAUCCUCGGCUACGGCGACGUCGAAUACGUCCUGGGCUUCAACGAGCCCGAACGGCCCGACCAAGCCAACAUUACCGUCGAUACCGCGAUCAACGCUUGGCGGAC